AAAAAGCUAAGAAUCUCUGCUUAAUAAAAAGGAAACCAGGGGUUCUGUCAGAGACCGUUGAACUGAGGUUUGGAACGCAGAAGUGUUGAAGUUAGUAUUCCGUUGAGCUAUAUAGAAAGUUCUUUCAGAUAGCGUUGAGCGCUACUGGAGCUUGGUUUGCCGUCGCCGCUGAAAGCAAGUCGCGGCCAUUGCCUUCUCAGUCCCGUCGCCGGCGACCGAAAGAGAAAAGUUGGAAUCCUUCGAAUCAAGUCCUCAAGUCGCAGGUUAGAAUGCUUUUGUAUUAUGUAGUCUGGAGUCACACGAGUCAAAGCUCACUCCAUCAAGUCACAACUGGACCCAAACAAUGUUUGCUACUCUUGGUACCCGACGGUUCUUCAACAAGCUCCAGCCUUUUCUGUGCUCCUCUGUCAGUAGCUGUUCUUGGUUUAGCAGAAUUAUUAUUAACCAUGUACAUUCCUUCGCGCAAUCCAAACAGAGGAGAUCUGUCCGACAAGGUAAUCGACCUGUGAGCAAGUCUACCAGAUCAAUUCAGAAACAAGACGUAGAUCUCCCUAAAGUUUUCAUGAGGGAUACAAUUACAAGAAUAUCACAUAUACUGAGAUUUUCAAGUUGGGAUUCUGCUCAAGAGCAGUUGAUGGGGCUUUCCAUAAAAUGGGAUUCCUACACAGUUAAUCAAGUUCUCAAGACUCAUCCCCCUAUGGAGAAGGCCUGGUUGUUUUUCAAUUGGGCCUCUAAGUUGAAAGGGUUUAAGCAUGAUCACUUUACCUACACGACUAUGUUGGAUAUUUUUGGGGAAGCUGGGAGGAUUUCGUCCAUGAACUAUAUAUAUAAGCAGAUGCAAGACAAAGGAAUCAAGAUAGAUGCAGUGACCUAUACAUCCCUUCUUCACUGGCUUUCCAACCAUGGGGACAUUGAUGGGUCAAUUAAAUUGUGGCAGGAGAUGAAAGAUAAAGGAUGUUUUCCUAAUGUUGUUUCCUACACUGCAUACAUGAAAGUUUUAUUUGAUCACAAUCGAGUUAAGGAAGGAGCCAAGAUAUACAAGGAGAUGCUUCAAUCUGGUUGUUCUCCCAACUGCCACACAUACACUGUCCUCAUGGAGCAUCUUGCUGGUUCUGGAAAAUUUGAUAGAGUUCUCGAGAUUUUCAGUAAAAUGCAAGAUGCAGGGGUUCAACCAGAUAAAGCUGCAUGCAACAUUUUAGUGGAAAAAUGCUGCAAAGCUGGGGAAACGCAAACAAUGAUGAAAAUUCUUCACUACAUGAAGGAGAAGUUUCUUGUUCUGCGUUAUUCUGUCUAUCAAGAGGCUCUUCUCAAGUUGAAGAUAGCUGGGGUGAGUGAUCGGCUACUCAGGGAUGUCAACCGUCAUCUGUCCUUAGAAAAGUUCAACCAUGAUCAGAUUGACAGAUCAUAUGGAACCGCUGAAACUACUUGUCUCACUUUGGAUGAUAAGAUGAUUUUGUACUUGUUGAAGAAGCAAAGUCUUUUUGCUGUUGAUUACUUACUAGAUAGCUUGAUGAGUAAGCGUCUCAAAUUGGAUUCUGGAAUAGUGUCAACUAUAGUUGAGGUAAACUGUAACCGUGGUAGAGUAAAUGGUGCUUUUUUGGCCUUUGAGUUCAGUGUGAAAUUGGGCAUAACCAUUGAAAGAAUUAUGUAUCUCAUGUUGGUUGGCGAACUUAUUAGAACAAAUUCACUUUCAAGGGUUGUGGACAUUGUUGAAGCAGUGGUUGGGGCAGGACUAUCAUUAGGGUCAGAACUAACUGCUCUUCUGAUACAUCGGCUUGGCUGCACUAGAGAGCCGACUUCUGCUGAAAAGUUAUUUAGCAUCUUACCUGAUCAGCAGAAGAGUACUGCUGUAUAUACUGCUUUAAUAAACACCUACUUCACUUGUGGCAAUGCUGAGAAAGGACUUGAAAUAUUUGAGACCAUGAGAAAGCGAGGGAUAAAUAUGGCAUUAAGUACUUACUGUGUCCUAUUGAAUGGUCUUGAAAGAAAUGGCUUAUUUGAUAAAGUACAAUCUUAUAGGAAAGAAAAGAAGAAAUUUAAAUCUGAAAGCUGCACUACAGACAUGUCUAACGAAGAAACAGUGUGCGAUCUUCUUUUUGCUGGAAACUUAGUGGUUUGAGACACAGGUCUCCAGACGCUUUCUUUGAAUGAUUGGAGUAUCUGGUGUACAAAUUUAGCCGUUCUUUAUAACUUGAGUUGUUCUGGAUUUGCAUAA